CACAAGACACCCUACCCUACUGUCUGCCGCAGGAGAGGACGCUUGAUUCUGAUUGGCGACGGCGUGCUGUGGCGUCACACGGACAGCGGCUCUCGCCAAUGUUGUUGUUUGAGAAACCAUCGUGACGGCUUGACUCCAUUGAUGCAUUUGUCUGUCCUGGUGUGUUGAUUCGUGUUUUAAUACAGUAAACGACACACACACAAGUCCGCAGAAUAACAAUGUACACAGUUUCACUGGACAUUAGAUGACUGUUUUCAGCAUGAAUUGUACCUCAACACUUGAAAAUGCCAGGGGAGAGUGAAGCAAAAGCAAAGACAAAGGCUCGGUUUGAAGAGUUAUUUAAGACGUACACUGACCUCCCUGCACACAAAAAGAAGUCGAGAAAGAAAAGCGCCCACCCUGAAGAGAGUAUUGUGCUUGAAACUUUGAAGAAAAGCCUAGACUUGAACAAGGAGACAGAAGAUGAUGACACUAUCCUCAAAAACACGUACAAUCCAGAACAGGGAAGUCCAAGGUAUACAAAAAACAAGCUAAGAGAAAAAAUCAAUAACAAUGGUCUUGUUGGGGAGGAGAGAAAACCACCAAAGACUAAGAAGAAAAAAGAAAAGACUGAAGCCAUAGAGAGUCAAAUGCAUUAUGAAAAACAUCAGUUUCUGACAAGGACAGAGCAAGAAGAUAAUAGGAAGGGACCAAAUUCGAAAGAUGAGGGUCUUGAGAUUAAUGACACUGAAACGAGGCGCAGACGUAAAAAACUUGAAAGAGAUGGGGCGCCAAGGGAUGAAGUGGACACAGAGGACGAAAAGCUUAUCAAGGAGUAUCAGCAACAAAUUGCUGAGGUGGAAGAAAAUGCGAUCAGAAAGAAAUUAAAAAAAAAGAUUGCACAGAAGAUGUUAGAUUCAACCUGGACAGAGGAAGAUCCAGCUGUAUUAUUGAACAAUGAAGCAGAAAAGAGGAAAAAGAAAAAACUGAAGACAACUGAAACAGAACCAAGUUCAGUGCCUUUAUCUGAGCUACAGGACAGCCAGCUUGGUGAGGGGAGCAGAAAGAAACAAAAGAAGCAAAGGGUUGUGUCCUCUGACGCAGAAAGAGAAAGUCUCGAUGCAGAAGAAGAGGGGAUAACUGAGAACAAAGAGGCGGGUGGACAGAAGUCAGGCAAAGGAAAGAAAAGGAGGAAAAAAAAAGAAUUUACUGAAGAUGUUGGUGAUGGUCAGAGUGAGGCCCAGCAGAGUCAUCUGAGACACUCUUUUGAUGACAGCCUAGUGCUCGGAGUUUACAUUCACCGGACAGACAGGCUGAAGACAGACCUGAUGGUUUCACAUCCUAUGGUCAAAGUCCAUGUGAUCGAUGAAACGACUGGGAAGUAUAUUAGAAAAGAAAAUAGUAAACGCCCAGUUUCCUCAUUUUAUGAAGAUGAAAAAGUGGAGCACAUUCUUCCUAUCAUGACUCAGCCAUAUGAUUUUAAGAAAAAUAAAUCUACUAUGCCAGAAUGGGAGGAACAAAUUGUGUUUAAUGAGAGAUUUGGCUAUUUCCUGCAGGAAAAUGAGGAAAGUCCAAAAGUUAUACUGUUUUUUGAGGUGUUGGAUUUUAUGAGUAUGGAUGAAGCAAGGGCCAACUUUGAGGUAGACAGACAUGAACGUGGAUUUCGAAAAAUUGCUUGGGCAUUUUUAAAGCUUGUUGGUACGAAUGGAGUACUGAAUGUAGAUGGGAAACUCAGACUGCAGCUCUAUUGCCCACCUCCCAGGGGGAAAACGCAGUCGAACACUGUGGAGGUGUUUGAAUGGUGGAAAAAAUACUCGAGAAAUCGAUACUUAUCAACGCUGUAUGUCACCGUAAAAGGCUUGAAGCUACCAGACCACGUGGAUCCUUCUGUACGCUCCAUGAUGGCCCUUCAGCAGGAGAGGGGCAGUACAACAUACAGUGAACUCCAGAGUGAGCUUCUAAGAAAAGGAGCCAGUCAGCUUCUGGAUGAUAAAAGAGCAGAGAUUCUGAAGUGGAGCAGAAUGCCUGGGCAGGUAUGCCGCAUUCCAAACAAGCCUUUGUUGUGUUUUCGAGGAGGUCAGAUGGGAUGUUUUGCUGUGCGUUUCUCCCACAAUGGAAGGACUUUAGCAACUGCAUGUGCUGAUAGGGAUGGUUACCCUAUUGUAGUUUAUGAAAUCCCAUCAGGUAAAGUGCUUGGAGCUUUCAAUGGCCACCUUAGUAUUGUAUAUGAUCUCUGCUGGUCCAGAGAUGACAAGAACCUCCUGUCAGCAUCUUCUGAUGGAACAGUGAGAAUUUGGAAUAUUGAGACACUUAAGAGCCUUGCUGAAAAGGUUCUUCCUCAUCCUGCAUUCAUCUAUGCUGCACGAUAUCAUCCCUCUGCUCCGCAUUUAGUUGUAACUGGAGGCUAUGAUUGUGUAAUCCGUGUGUGGAAUGUGACUGUAAAAGACAUUAAUGGUCAUUUGAUCUAUGAAUUUGAUGGGCAUAAGAGCUUUAUUAAUACGCUCUGUUUUGAUUCAGAAGGGCUGCGGAUGUUUUCAGGAGACAGCUCAGGCCUUGUUGUAAUGUGGAACACCUCUGUGAAGGAAGGCUCAAAACAAAACCCAACACGGCAGUGGUGCAUUGAAAAGGAGAUAAAGGACAGUGAACUGGAGGGUAUUCCUAUUAAUCACUUGGAGGUGCAUCCAAAUGGACGACGUCUGCUGAUUCACGCAAAGGACAGUAUUGUCCGAGUCAUGGAUUUGAGAAUUUUGGUCUUCAAGAAAUAUACAGGUGCCACAAACUAUAGAGAGAAAAUCCACAGCACAUUCACACCUUGUGGGAGCUUUAUUUUUUCAGGAAGUGAGGAUGGAAUGGCCUUUGUUUGGAAUGCAGAGACAGGAGACCAGGUUGCGGUGUACUCUGAACUCUGCUACCCCUCACCUCUUCGAGAUGUUGACUUCCAUCCUCAUGAGCACAUGGUGGCCUUCUGUGCCUUUGGACAGGGCCUGCCAGUGCAUGUGUACCUGUAUGACCGCAAAGUUGCUCAAAUGGAAGCUGACAGCAUGAAGAGGCCAACUGGGUCAAUGUCAAAACAGCCCAAGAUUUUCAGUAGUACCAAUGAUGCUUCGGCUUUGCAAGAUUCAUCCAUGUCUUCUAUUGAUCACUUUGCAAGUGCAGCAAGGGUAUCAUUGAGGCUGCAACAAGUUAAGCAGAAACUAGAUUCUGUUUUGGAGCCGGUGAGUCGAAACCUAUCUGCAGCGGGAUACCUGUAUGACAAGCAAGGUGGGGUUCCUUCUGCAGCAAGGGAUUUGCCACUGGAGGCUGGCUUUGUUAGUCCAGUGAGCAGUAGCUAUUUUAACACAGUCGGCUCAAAUCUCUUGCUUCCUGCUCCAUCACUGCUCUCGCCACACUCAAAAGUCAGGCUCCCCAGCUCUCUGGGUGCUCAGCUGAUUCCACAGCAGUCAGUACAAAGCCGAGGUUUCAGUACUGUGGGACGACACUUGAGCCAUGCGCCAUCUCUUAGGCUGCAAACGAGUUUUGCUGAUCCCACAACUUCAUUUCUUAGAGUAGAAGCUGAUUCCUUUGUACCAGUUCAACAGACAGUUGUGUCCCUCUAUGACUACACAGCGAAUCGAUCAGAUGAGCUAACCAUACAUCGUGGUGACAUUAUCCAAGUGUUGUACAAAGAUAAUGAGAACUGGUGGUUUGGCCGCCUGGCAAAUGGACAACAGGGCUACUUCCCGGCUAAUUAUGUGGCAGAUGAAAGAGGUUUUGAAGAGGAGCUACGCCACACACUAGAACCAAAUCCUGUUCUGUCUGACCAGCAGAACGAGACAGCUGACAGAUCGCCAACCCCAGCUAAGAUGUUGACCUGACAUUACUUAUUGCCGUUUUCACAAGGACAAGAGGGGGACUUUGAAACCCAAUGUAUCACCAUGGCUGUUUGCAGAUUUUACCUAUGAAAUGAGAGGACAGAAGCACCAACAUUGGGUUCUCUCUGGUCUUCUCACCUCCAGCUUUGCUCCUUUGCAUUGAACAUGUUGAUAUCAGACUCCAGGCUUUCGUAAAGGUUCUCUUUUGCCAGCUUUGCCAAGGCAGUCAAAUCAGAGGAGGUCAGAAGAAACAUUGAAGAGACAUAACAAAAGCAAGCUUGCAAAAAUGCAACAUAAAUUUAGCCUCCCGAUAAACUGUGGCUCAUGACAGAACCAGAUGGAUGGAAAAUAUCUGGGAAGGAGCUCAACACUUCGAGAGACAUGCAGAGAUGUCAAAAUGAGAGAGAAGAGUGAGAAUGUUGAAAAGAACUCACCAUGAUUGAAUUGUAAAUUACACAACCACAUAUCUCCCAAGACAGCAUGUGCUCCACCUACCAGAGAAUGCACAGAUACCUGGCCUAUCAGUCACGUCUGGUUCAUGGAAGACAGUCGUCCUUCUCCGCUGAAGAUAGGAAAUGAUAUACUAGUAUAUUAAACUGUACAGAAAAAUGUUUAUUUUUAUCAGCUGAAAAUGCACCAAAUCUGUAUAAUCUGUAUAAGAUAAUAUACUUUAUAGUAUCGUGUUAGCAUAGUAUAUAAUUUAUAGUUCAUAGUAUUCUUGUUUUAUCAGUCAUUGUCUCCCUAUAUAUAAUCUACCACUCUUUUAAAUAUACCCCUUGCACAUUUUUAAACAUGCUACACAACAGGAAAGUGAGUUGACACCUCAGAUAGUAAGACUAGAGAAAGUGUAAGCAUUUGUUUCAUAUAUGUAGCUCAUAGCUCAUACUGUACAUUUGGCCAACUACAUCACACCUAUCAGUUUUAUUAUUUAAUGCUAUGCCAAAGCUUCUUUGCAAAACUGAUACAUUUUCACCACCCUCAUAUUACAUUUUACAUUUAUUUUUACAUUUCAACACUUUUGUAUUCAAAACUCAGACCACAAAAUUAAUGAAAGGUAUGUUUUACUUUGAAUGAUUGCAGAUGAGAAACAUUUUUAUUAUGUGUGGUAAUGUUUUAGAAAAGUGGCAGUGCUCUUGGUGUUUUACUGUUAAUUUUGAUAUUUUUGUUUUGGAAGUUAUGUAUUAUGAAGUAGUUCAGGUGGGUGGCUGCAAAGAAGGCUCCACA